GGUGGGUUGACUGUUGAGUUGUUUUGCGUAUGUGUUUCUGGUGUGUUUACGCGGUGUUUGGCGUUUUAUUUUAUUUUAGUUAAUAUUAGUUUUUGUUAUUAAAAUGUGUGUUAAGUGCUGACAGUGUUAAAAAAAUAAUGACAAACACCUUCCCUCAAUCAUAUCUUAUGAUUUUCUUAUAAAUGAUGAAGUGGAAGAAAACAAUGGAGUUCAUGGAUAUUGUGAAAAAGAAUAUUUUUUUGACCGUUGUAUUAGCAAUUUGCCAUGAAGUUUCAAGUUUUGGCCCUUCGCAUCAACCAGAAGCCUACUUCAAUGGAUCUUCCUAUUUAAGACUUCAGACGAUUAUAUCGUUAAAGAAACAGACUGGAUUAAGUUUUAGAACAUGUUAUGGUGGGAAUCUGUUUUCCCAACAACUAAACGACGACCUUAUUGAACUUUCUGUAAAUUCUGACGAGGUGGGUUUCGAGGCAAGGACCGGCGGCAAGAAAUAUGAACAUAAGAUUUUAGGCAACUUUCUAAACAACAAAUGGCACACGGUGUAUCUUCAAUAUGUGUCAGGAAACUUAACCAUUGAAGUGGACGGUAACGUUCAGCUUUUGGCAAAUUCAACAUAUCGAAACGAACUUUUGGUUAGUCCAGGACUGUACAACGAAGGAGCUGCUGUUCUACUCAUAGGAAAACAGUUCAAUGGAUGUCUUUUGGAGGGACCAACAGUUAUCUUUGAUCCAAGUAUAAUAAAAUCCAAUCAUAAUGUUCUUUUUAAACCUUGCCCUAUACCAUAUGAUUCAUGUGUUCCAAAGGGCCUUGACUGGUGUGAAACAGAACCGUGCAUGCGGCACGGAACCUGUCUUAGUAAACAAGACACCUACACAUGUUUGUGCAACCCACGAUAUUCUGGCAAAAAUUGUGAAAUAGAUUUAGGAAAUCCAUGUGACAAAAUCCCGCCAAUAUGCAAAAACUCUGCAGUCAACUGCACCUCUGACCAAUCAGGAGAUUUUACGUGCACUUGCAGCCCUGGUUUCACAGGAAAAAGAUGCGAAACUAAACUCAAGACACAGCCCUUGUGCAAAAACAAAGCUUGUUUGAACGGCGGUAUCUGCGACGUCAAUCCUGAUACUGAAGAGACUUACUGCCGAUGUAAAGAAGGCUUCGAGGGCGAAAAUUGCGAAAUCGAUCAAGACGAAUGUCUUUCUAAUCCCUGCUUGAACGACGGAAUCUGCUUGGACAGUUAUAAUAAUUUUACUUGUGAUUGCAAUCACACCGGAUACGAAGGAAGAAUUUGCGACAAAGAUGUCAACGAGUGCAAAUUGAAUCCAUGUUCUAGUCAAGGAACGUGCUUUAACACUUAUGGUUCGUAUUUGUGCCAGUGUUUACCAGGGUUUGGAGGCAGGAAUUGUAGAAGUGUAAUCGACGAAUGUCUAUCAAAACCGUGCCUAAACAACGGAAUGUGUGUCAGCCACGGCGACAGAUACGAAUGCAGAUGCAUCAACGGUUACUUGGGCACCAACUGUGAGAUAGAACCCGGCGGCCAGCUACGUCAAUGCGAUUCAAACUCUUGCCCCUUCUAUGCGGAAUGCAAAGAAGUACCAGGCGGAGGGUCAGUGUGCGUCUGCAAACCGGAGAAUCCAGGAGAAUACCCAGACUGCAAUACGUCCACUGUAUGCUCCAGGAAUCCAUGUUUGAACGGCGGUACUUGUACGCCCUACAAGGGCUCGUUUAAUUGUACUUGCCCCAAUGGCUUCUCGGGUAAAAUCUGCCAGACCAAUGUCGACGAAUGUGCAUCCUCUCCAUGUCAAAAUGGUGGAACGUGCUAUGACAAAAUCAACGGUUUUGUAUGUAACUGCACAGAAUCCUGGAUGGGGUACACAUGUGAAAAACCUUACGAUAUCUGUGAAUUGGGACCUUGUAAAAAUAACGCCACUUGUAUAUCAUCUUCGAACAAGAGGGAGUUCACUUGCCGAUGCCUAUCUGGGUUUGAAGGAGAAACGUGCGAAACAAAUAUCGAUGAUUGUGUAGGAAAUAAGUGUCCACCAGCUAAAAUAUGCAUUGAUUUGGUCAACGAUUAUGAAUGCAGAUGCCCGCCAGGCUUCUCAGGCGAUGACUGUAGUAUCGGUAUAGAUCCAUGUGCUCAAAAACCCUGUCAUAAUGGUACAUGCGUUAUUGACAAGAUUACUCAUGAAGCAGUCUGUAAUUGUAAUCCAGGAUAUACAGGUCCUCUGUGUAAAGAUGAUAUUGAUGAAUGCAAAGAGUCCGAUAACAAGAUUUGCAAUCACGGAAUUUGCGUCAACUUCCCAGGAAGUUUUCAGUGUUACUGUAAACCGGGUUACACAGGGGAACAUUGUAACUUGGACUUCGAUGAAUGUCUGUCGAUGCCAUGCAAGAAUAAUGCUACUUGUAUUAAUCUAGUCAAUAAUUUCGAAUGCCGAUGUCCGCCAGGUUAUGAUGGGAAGGAUUGUUCUUUAAAUAUAGACGAAUGCGAAUCGAACCCUUGUAUGCACGGCGCUACUUGCAUCGACGGCAUCAACGAAUUCACGUGCGUCUGUCCAGAGGGAUUGACAGGAAAACAGUGCGAAAUCAACAUAGACGAUUGCGAAUCUUCUCCCUGUCAACAUGGUGCUCAAUGUAUCGACGGCUUGAAUAGUUACACUUGUAACUGUACAGACACUGGUUAUGAAGGGCUGCAUUGUGAGAAUAACAUCGAUGAUUGCCAGGGAGAUCCGUGCCAGAACGGAGCCCCCUGUAUUGAUUUAGUGAAAGAUUAUACCUGUAAUUGCUAUCCCGGGUAUAAAGGUAAAAAUUGCGAAAUCGAUAUAAACGAAUGUGAAAGCAAUCCCUGUCAGCACAACGGAACUUGCAUCGAACGUUCUAACGUCACCCUGUACUCCACAGAACUAUCGUACAACCUUCCCGAACGCUUUUCCAGGCCCUUCAAUUACUCGGAAGCUGCAGGAUACGAAUGUAUCUGCGUCCCAGGAGUGACAGGCCAGAACUGCGAGAUUAACAUCAACGAGUGCGAAAGUAAUCCGUGUUUCUACGGUACGUGCACGGACAAAAUCGGAGGAUACGUGUGCGAGUGCGAAGAAGGCUACGAGGGUGUCCAUUGCGAGCUGGAUAUAGACGAGUGUGAGAAAUAUAAACCUUGCGUUAAUGGUACUUGUAUCGAUAAGGUAGCUAACUAUUUUUGUCAGUGUACCGCAGGAUAUGGAGGAAAAAAUUGCUCGGUUGAACUUACAGGGUGUAUGGAUAAUCCUUGUCUAAAUGAAGGACAGUGCCGUCCUUACCUUAUUAACGAGACCGAGCACAAGUUCAACUGCACUUGCCCCAACGGCUUCCACGGCUACACAUGUGAACAAAUAACCACGAUGUCAUUUAGUGCAGUGUCUUCGGUAACCGUUAACACAACAAGAGAAGAAGGUUACGAUAUACAGUUUAGGUUCAAGACAACACUAGGGGAUGGACUGUUGGCUCUUGGGAAAGGUUUAACGUAUUACAUAUUGGAGCUUUCUAAAGGAAGACUGAAUCUUCAUUCGAGCCUACUGAAUAAAUGGGAAGGGGUUUUCACUGGAUCAAAUCUGAACAACAGCGACUGGCAGAAAGUGUUCGUUGCUAUCAACUCUUCGCAUUUAGUAUUGUCAGCUAACGAGGAACAAACUAUAUAUCCUAUAAGCUAUAACGAGAACAACAACGUUUCUAGUACUAGUUUCCCUGUUACGUAUAUCGGAGGAAUUCCCAACAAUCUUCGAAAAUUGACGCAUGGACAACCGUUUCUAGUAGGGUGUACUGAAGAUGUUUUGGUUAAUAGCCAGUGGGUAUUGCCGCAGCUUAGAAAUGCCACUUGGCUUAAUUUUCAAAACGUCGAAGAGAAGUGUAUUAGAGAACCUCAGUGUACACCGAAUCCUUGUGAGUCAGGAGGACAUUGUACUGAUCGAUGGAGAGAUUUUAGCUGCACAUGUGAACGUCCAUAUUUAGGUCACACUUGCCAGUACAACUACACAGCUGCCACAUUUGGCCACGAGAACAUCACAGAUUCUUUGGUAACGGUCGACGUCGCAGAUUAUGCAAGGAGAGCAGUCAGAUCUAUAGUCGAUAUCAGCAUGUUUAUUAGAACAAGACAGUCUAGGGGACAGAUUUUUUAUUUGGGCUCCGGCUUGCUUCCAAAUGCAAAUGACGAAACUUACAUUGCUGCCCAACUUGAAGGAGGAGAAUUAUUAGUAAGAAUACAAUUCGAAGGCAACUUAGAAAGUUAUACCGUAGGGGGAGUAAAGUUAGAUAACGGAUGGAACCAUUUAAUAAAGGUGAUACGUAAUGUAACUUUGGUCCAAGUAAAACUUAAUAAUACAGAAUACUUUCGGAAGACCAUAUCCGCUUCAGGACCUUUAGAUGUUCGGGUACUUUACCUUGGAGGUCAACCGCAAUCGAGGUCUAUUAGACAGGCGAAUGAAAACUUGCCUACCGUUACAAAAAUUAAUAUAGCUCCCACAGCCCCAGCAGCUAUAAGCUCUCCACUCAGUAACGUACAUUUCAAAGGGAUCAUCCAGGAUGUUCAAAUAAGCAACGGUUCAUCUGUAAUGAUCGUGGAGUUUUAUCCGCUCCAGGCUCAGGACUUAGACGUCCCCGCAUCUUUUGGUAACGUAACAUUCGAUAGAUCGACUAUAUUGAAAGGGGUCUAUUCAGACGAUCUCUGUAGGACGAAUCCUUGUCAUAGAGGAGAAUGUAAAAUAACCUGGAACGAUUAUAUGUGUGUUUGUCCGAUUGGUUUCAAAGGUAAAGAUUGCAAUGAAUUAGAAUUCUGCAAAUUGCAAGGUUGUCCAGCCGGAUCCGAAUGCAAAAAUCUGGAAGAUGGCUACGAGUGUAUAACGAAUAGUACCUUCAACGGUCUACAGAAACCUCUUCAAUACCAUUUAACGAUAGAUCCAUCAGCCGACAACAACUUCGUGUAUGAUUCCCUAGAACUGAACUAUCGUACCCGUUCAUGGGGUACCGUUCUAUUCGCAAAACAUAAAGAAAGUUAUUUCACUGUUUUCAUUUACCACAACGAGGUGGUGAUAGAAUGGAACUUGAACGGAAUGCCAGAAACGAAAAGGUUCCGCAAAGACAGGUUCAAGGGCCAGUGGAUAUCUUUGCUGUUCCUUUACAAAAACCAAAAAUUCAGAGGGGGUUUUAAAGAGCAUGUUAUGGACGAAUCAUCCGACUUCGAAGUGAAAGAGUUCGACAUAUAUACUUUUACAGAAGUAUUCAAAGACGGAGUUGUAUACGUUGGUGGUAGUGAUGGCCAAACUUUUGAUUAUCAGACUGUGAUAGACAAUACAGAUACAAAUAUGACUGGGUAUAUUCCUGUUAGUGAUACCACUACAGCCGAAUCUCUCAUCAGUAAUUCGUUAGAAAGCAACGAGCUAUCAGAAGACGUAUUACUAUAUAAAGUGGACCAAGAUAAGAAGACUGAUAAUUUUAAGGGCUGCUUAGGCGAAUUAAGAAUAGGAGGUUUACUUCUUCCCUAUUUUCACACUCUAGAAAUCUACCCGAACAAAACCAACCUUAAAAGAAUGUACGAACUGAAAGAAGAAUUUACGGCCGAACAAGGAUGCAUUUUGUGUUAUUCGGUGGACUGUCUCAAUAAGGGCGUGUGUCUAAACAGUACCGAAACGUACAAAUGCCAUUGUCAGCCAGGAUACACAGGUGACGAUUGCUCCAUCGAUAUCGACGAAUGCCAGAACAAUCAUUGCGAGAAUAACGCCACAUGUGUCGAUCUGAUCAACGAAUACAAAUGCGAGUGUUUGGCUGGGUACGAAGGAGAGUAUUGCGAAACUGACAUCGACGAAUGUCUCAGCAAUCCGUGCAGACAUGGAGGCACUUGUAAUGAUUUGAUUGGAACGUUCAAAUGUGAUUGUCCCGAAGGUUUUGUCGGUAAACAGUGCGAAGCUCCUUUACUGAUCACCUGCGAGAACAAACCAUGUAAAGAGCCUGCUAGUUGUGAAACAGGAGCAAAUGAGGUCACUGGUAACAAUUUUACCUGUGUUUGCACUGAAGGUAUGGAAGGACCACUAUGCGAUACACCGUUCUGCACGAACACUCACUGUGAUCAAGGAUUUUGCAACGACAGCUUAUUGGUACCGUUCUGUCAGUGCCAAAGAGGAUUCGAAGGAAAGUUCUGCGAAAUCAACAUUAACGAAUGUAUCUUACCGAAUGGUGGCAGUCCCUGUCAGAAUCGUGGUGUCUGCAUUGACGGAAUUAACCGAUACAUUUGUAACUGUGAAAAUACAGGUUAUACAGGUCUCUUGUGUGAAAAUGACAUCAAUGAAUGUCAGAACGGUAUGCCUUGUGGUCGAGCUGGCGUUUGCGAAAACAUUCCUGGGUCUUACAGGUGUAUUUGUGAACAAAAAGGGAAGUGUGGCUAUCAAUGUGAUCUGGACGAUCCUUGCGAGUCUAUAAAACCAUGUGAGAAUGGAUUAUGCCAGCCACAGUGUACAGAUAAAUCUGAUUAUGUUUGCCUAUGUGAGGAGAAUUACGAAGGAAAGAAUUGUACCAAAUUAAAGGUGGCAGCCAGUCAAGCUGAAGGCGGAAUAAACAUAUUGUACAUAGUUCUCCCCAUCGCCUUGGCCAUUCUCAUAGGAGCAGCUGCGGUCCUUGCGGUGUUCUUUAACGUAGCUCGCAGCAAAAGGGCCACCAGAGGUACCUACAGCCCGAGUGCUCAAGAGUUUUGCAAUCCACGAGUAGAACUGGAUCAUGUGUUGAAACCGCCGCCUGAAGAAAGACUUAUUUAAAUUAUUAUUUCAAUUGUCGUAUUAUGUCCGUAUAAAUUGAUUUGGAUAUAUACGAGGUAUGUUCUGUAAACCACAAUGUCUUUGUUUUUCGUAAUACUAGAAUUAAUUUGUAUAAAGUAAUUUGUCGUUUCAAAACAUUGCUCCAAAGAUUUUUUGUAUUUGAAAAUAGAAUAUACCUCGUAUAGGCGUGAUUGAUUUUAACCGUAAAUAGUGAUAAAAGACGACACUGUCUAAAAAUGGCUGUAAAUUUUUUUCUUCAAUACUCUUGGUAUUAAAUACAGUGUGAGGCGAAUAUAUGGAAUACACUCAUUAUUUCAAGACUAAGAGCAUAAUCAAAUUUACUUUUUUUUAUUAUAGCUGUUUUGUAAUAUGCCCGAUCUUCGUAUGGCGUUUGCGUUGUUGUCAGAUUGUUGUUGACAUAUGAAAAUAUGACAAAAUAUGAAAAUAUUGACAAAUGAAAAAACAUAUGAAAAUUUAAUAGAAAUUAGAAAUGGUUACAUUUAGAUAUAGUGAGUGUUACAGUAAAAAUAUUCAGAAUUACACAAGUAAUGUAAUAAUUUAAAAUCUACAGGAUAAUCCAUUUAAUAAA